AUGCAUCGCACACCACGGCAACAAAAUGCGGUGGCUAACCGGUCAACCAGAGUAUGUUUCAUGAUAUUUUUGUUGGCGUUUAGGGUUUUUCAGCGUUAAGACCUGAUUUUCUUUUUCAGGACAUGCACCCCAGACCGAUCAAGCCACCAGAAAGGCCUUUGGUGCCAUACAUGAGGUUUAGCAGGAAGAUGUGGGCCAAGGUCAGAGCGGACAAUCCUGAAGUUCAACUUUUGGACAUCGGUAAAAUUAUCGGCCAGAUGUGGAGAGAAGCGCCGGACGCGGAGAAGGGCGUUUAUCAACAAGAAUACGAGAUGGAUAAGCUAGAAUAUGAGCGUCAAUUAAAGAAUUACCAACAAACCAUGACUACCCAGCACACAACAGCCUCCAGAAGUCGAGCAGCUGCCUUUAACAGUAACAGUGCCGCUGCUAUUCAACCAGUGGAUGAUGAAGAUCCUUUUGAAAUGACUCGAAAGCGCGUAGCUGGGAUUAGAUAUGACAGAGACAAUCGACUUAUGAGUGAUUUGUUCUCCACUUCUGCUCUACCUGAUACCAGAACUCUUAUUCCUCAGACCAGAAUCGAUCAGUUGAAACGACAGGCUUCGUCUUUGUCUGCGCAUCAGGUUUGUGAUUAUUUGAUUUAAAUGUUUUGUAUUCUAGAGUAAACUGAACGAUGAACUCACUAGACUUGAAGAAGGUUUCCAAAAGAGAAGAAAAACGUUGGAGGAGAACAGCGUCAAGUUCAACGAAGAGAUGAAGAAGUUGAAGGAUGAGAAGCCUGACUUCACCGAGGAGAAAUAUCGAGAUUAUGUAGAAUUGUGGACAGAAUAUUAUCGGGACGAAUUCAGAAAACAUAAAUCUGGAGAUUCCGAGGAAUCUGAGAGGUCGGAAGAAAAAAUGGAAGAAGGCUCAGAAAAAAAAGAAGAGGCGAAGGAAAAGGAAGAGGAGAAGGAGGAAGAAGAACCAAAGGAAACAAAGCCCGAAGUCACUGAGUCGGAUUCCCAAGAAGAAAAAAGCGGCGACGAGAAUUCUCAGAUCUCCACUGAUGUCGAGAAUCAACCAUAA